UACACACGUCUUAUCUGAAGUGGUUUGUCGUUGAAACGAGUAGCGAACCAUUGAAACGUUUCCACAUUAGCUUUACAUCUCAAUAAACACUCUGGAAGCAAAUGUUGGUUAAUUAACAUGGUUAACGCAGUGAAAUAUGUUGAUGUUUUGUUUUUCUUCAAUGAAUUUUAGCUAAGCUUCUUCAAGUUUGGAUAUGAUAUUAUUGACGAAUUUUGAAGUAGGCGAAAUACAUACAAGCGUGUGUUCGUGUAAAAGUAAAAAAUCGGUCUGGUUGUAAUUAAAGGGAAUAUUCUUCAAGACUUGGAAAAGAGUUACAAUCUCUGCUGGAUGGUAAACCUACAUGUGUGAAUACAGCUGUAGAGGAGAGAAGAGAGGUCCUGUUCAACCCAGAUACCACAAGAUCUCUGCAUAUAUGUUUUCGACAAUGUGGGCCUACAACACCCUGUCGGAUGAUGGAUUAAACUUUACAAUCAGUUCAGCAAAUGUAGAAUCCUUAGAGGAUCUCAACAAACGUUAUGCAGACGCUCUUCUUCCUCUGACUAUUACAUUUGGAGUGUUUACACUAUUUGGUUUUCUUGGUAAUCUCCUGAUACUUAUUGUAUUUUCAUUAAGCCGUGAGUACAGGAGGAAUAAUUUCAAAGUGUUUGUACUGACGUUGGCUGUUAUAGAUCUUAUAACCUGUAUGACUCUCAUGCCUGCGGAGAUGGUCAAACAAAGAAACUUUUUUGAAUUCGAAAACGCAUUACAGUGCAAAUUUAAGUGCUUCUUUAAUGUAUUCGGAGCCUCGUCUUCAUGUCUGGCAUUGCUCGUUAUUUCUGUGGAUCGCUUUCGAAAGGUGGUUCAGCCAUUUAAGAAACAACUGACCCCUAAAUUGGCGGUGAAAGUUCUAAUUGGAGUUGCAAUAGUAUUUCCGAUAUGUCUUGCAAUUCCCGGUACUGUCAUGUGUGGCAUUAACACGACGACGAUGGUGAAUAAAUACGGAACGAACACAACUAUACAUCUAUGUGAAACAGAAGAAAGAUUUGAGGCAUCAGUGUGGAGAAAUAUUUACAAAUGGAUAUUCAUAAUAUUACUCGGUGGUAUCUCAAUGGCAUACAUAAUCCUGUAUACAUUUGUUAUGCGAGCUGCAGCAAAACAGAUCAAAGCUAUUUCGUUGCAGCGCAAUAACUCUUCAUUUGAUUGUAUACAAACUUCCGGUAUCUUUGAUCCUAACAUGGUAAUACAUGAACCAACUAACGAUCUUUCUAUCAGAAAGGAAAACAACAGCAUGCAUGACAUCCAAAAUGGGGUCAAUGGCAAACACUCUGUGACGCGGAGCAGUGGCCAAAGUCAUAAACGCCAUACGCCAAUGCUACAACGACAUGGUUUUCCAACAAAGACAAUGAUUUGGUUCAUAUUGACUAUUGUCUUUAUAGUGACGUACUUAACGCAUAUUAUUUUGUCUUUAAGAGUUGGGAGAAUAGUAACAAUGGAACCUGGAGAAUUCGCUUCAUUCUCUUUUUUCUUCAGGAUUUAUUUCGUUAAUCACAUGAUUAAUCCGCUGGUAUAUGCUAUAUUUGUGACGAGGUUUAGAGACUCAUGUAGAAAUAUUGGUCCAAUUAUUAUGGAAAAACUAUCACAACUUCUUUGCUGAUUGUUGUCGCGAAUUGCUAAACCUGUUAAAGUAAUUUCACUUAAACAUAUUUAAUCAAAGCUUGAUGACCACAAGACCUAUAAUAAAAAAUGGUCGCAGAAAAAAUUUACCGGUUUUCUUGUAUCAGAUAAUAUUUACAAUAAAAUUAUAAACAAA